UACUGUACCAACGUUCUGUUUCGCAACGUGUUGGAAUUCUCUAUAAGUUGCAAAUUAAGUCUAUAAGUUGCCUGCGUAGCGGACGGGCCGUUAUUCGGUGAGAGAUGCCUCGUUGCAAUAUCUGUCGCAUAGCUUUUGCUAGUGAGAAAGAGUUGGCAGAGCAUGAUACAAGUCAUCAUGGACUUGGGGCGUCUGCGCUUAGACCGCCUUCGCAUUCCUGCGAAAUUUGUCAAAUAACAUUUGCUAGUGAUAUAGAGUUGUCGCUGCACGAAAUGCAAGACCAUGGUCCUGAGGCAUCCGCGCUUAGACCGCCUACAAUAUACGAGCAAUUAGAAUUGACCCCACCGCGUAAACGUACGAAGUAUAAUCUGACUGUAAGUCAGUGUUGUAAAGAAUUUUAUCUGUCCAACGACAACUUUGAGCGCCGUGCGAAUGCUGGUGAUGAAACUGUAAAGCUGUGGGAGAUUCCGCGUGCUGCGUCGCCAACCGCAAGCGUAUCUGAAAUCGUUCCACAAUUGCUGCAAGUGGGCGUUAACGAUAUAGAAGAAUCGCAACAAUUUAAUAGGUCGCCCGUGUCUGGUCCGCGAUUUGUACAUGACCGGUAUACUCAACAAGAUGCCGUUAUGGGAGACCCCUAUUGUUUACACGAGCUCGACUUUACAAAACAAGAGGCAGAGUUUUCUUUUCGCGGGUGUUGUCAAACCGAAGCAGAGAUAGAGAAAAAAUUGCGUAAAUUUUGUGAUCUUUCCGCCCAGUCGCCUCGUGAAUACCUCACAACGCUACAAGUAGAUGGAAUUAUGGGAGAUCCAUAUUGCUUACACGAGUUCGAAUUUACUGAAUCAGAGGCCGAGUUCUCUUUUCGCAGAUAUUGUUUAACUGAAACAGAAAUAGAGGAAAAAAUGCAGAAAUUUCGUGAACUAGCCCUCACUACGCCUGUGGUUGCGCCUGCGUCGUUAGAGCUGCCACAAGAAAUACCCAACGAUGUAAUGGAAGCGGGUAGUGAGCUUAUCGAUGCGGCAAUUCGAAACUUUCAAGUUGGGGGCGGUGUUGUUAACAAUAAUAGUGCUUUGGAUGAGUGGGAAGAAGAAUGGUCUGACAAUGAAAUGGAUGCGGAUAGUGAGAGCGAGCGUACGGAUGAGUCACAAGAAAUAACUGAUGAGGAGGUGGUUGAAGCGGAAGAAAAUUUUAUUAUAGAAAACGCGAACGAGCAGUUUGACGCUAUGUUGGAACGACAUCACAACGCGAUUUUCAAUACGCCACCCGAGAGCGCAAAACGUAGAUAUAUUAAUUACGAUUUCCGGCGAAUGCCGUUACCUCGGGAAGAAUUGUACCGUCGUCUCGUUAGAGUUCUUGCAGAAGGAAAUAUAUUCCAACUUAACGUGGCCGAAGCUUAUCUUUUGGAGAAUAUCAAUACUCACGAGCUUAAAUAUUACCACGCAAACCCCGAAAACACUUCGAUUAUACCUCACGCUAUGACCAUUCGUUCCAUAGAGGAUUUGAAUCGGUUUCUGGAUAUAGUUUACGACUUAGGAAUUCUAGAAGGAACACGAAAUCCAACUGUUGAUCGACCUGAUACAAUAUGGCGGUUAAUUAUGAUACCGAAUGUUUUGUUUAUCAUCACGAAAACAAAGUUUUUAAUCGGUAACGCAGCUGGAAUUCCUGAGGAUCUUUUAUCUCUGCGAAGUUUGGUGUCGUUCACGCACAAUUCCAAAGGAAAACGAUAUACCGAUAAUUUAUGUUUGUUUCGAUGUAUCGCGGCGCAUCAACGUGACAGGUUCGAUGAUAAGAAAAGAAAAAACAAGUAUAGAAAUAUUGAAAGGGAAACUCAUGCGCUUGCUCGUAAAUACGGUAUAGAUCCAAAGGCCUAUCCCGGUGUUGAAAUACAGGAUCUUGGAAAAGCUGAACAAAUUUUUAAUGUUGCAAUCAAUGUUUAUAGCAUGUCUUCUGAACGAAAGCUCGGUGUUGUAAGAAUAAGCUCCGUAAGCAAACCUAAAGGUGGAACAGUGAAACUCUUAUUAAUCAACGAUCAUUUUUGUUAUAUUACAAACCUGCCAGCGCUUUCUAGCACUCACGCAUGUAGUAAGUGUAAAGCGUUAUUUGAUCGGCGUGACAGUUGUGUGCGGCACGAGAAAGUAUGUGAAAGAAUUAACUCAAAACCACGAGUCACUUAUCCGGGCGGUGUAUACAAGCCACUACGCAAUGUAUUCGAGUUGUUGGAACCGUUUAAUAUAAAGGUGCCGGAUGAGUUGCGUUUUACAAAAGAUUUCGCUGUGUUUGAUAUUGAGUCGUUAUUAAGCAAACUACCAACUACUGGCAAAACGACGGAGAAAACAACUGAGCAUCAGAUUGUUAGUGUCAGCGUAGCGUCAACAACGUCAAAGUUCAAAGCCACUUCUGCUUGAAUUUUAUGCAAGUGCUCUACAAAUUGUUCUACAAUAUCCUCAUCAACGGA